GAGUCUCGCGCAAUGUCAUGGUGGCGCCAAACAAGCCCUUAAUAUGGCGUCCCUUCCGGGUGUUGGCCGGACUCUUACUAGAGGAACUCUAGAAUGGAGGAUACGCAUUCAUACGCAUACGCAUGAACGCUCUGCAAAAGGAGUAAUAGCCACUGACGCUCGAAGGUUUGAAAGGAACCCCGUUAGGUUUGAGUACCUGGGUAACCUUGUCGGCUAUAGCCGGGUCUGGCCAGUUGCGAGCCCCGUUAUGUUACCUGGAGUGGUUAAACUGGGCGGAGCAUUGGGCGGAAUCUGACCGAACUGGACGCGUUUCGCUUCGGAAGCGUGUCGGUCCCUCGUGGAAGAGAGUAUAAGUAGGUACUUGUUGAAUGCACUGCGAAAAGGGGAAAUGUACUUCUGAGGAGACGCUAGGACACGCUGGUAUCUCGUACUUUGCUAGUGGUAGUUACAGCAUUGACUAAAAUUUGUGAAAGUGGAGAAAAUUUAAGAAUUCAGUUUCAAUUAAGGAAAUUAGUUUUUAUCCAAAUUAAACAUGGAUGGUGAGCUGAAAAAACUAGCUGAAGCGCUUUUUGAUAUUGAAGCUCUAAAAUUUGGAAAUUUUGUUACAAAAGUCGGCUUACCGACGCCAGUUUAUUUCGAUUUGCGAGUGAUUAUUUCACACCCAAAAAUAAUGCAAAAGUUAUCCAAGAUUUUGUGGUCUCUCUCUAACGAAUCUUCAGAGUUUAAUCAAAUCUGUGGUGUUCCCUAUACAGCAUUGCCAAUUGCAACGAUUAUAUCUAUGGAAUCAAAUAUUCCAAUGCUAAUAAGGAGAAAAGAAGCAAAGUCGUAUGGAACAAAAAAGUUAAUAGAAGGAAAAUUUAAAUCUGGAGAGAACUGUGUGAUUAUUGAAGAUGUUGUCACUAGUGGAAGCAGUAUUUUAGAGACAGCAAAUGAUUUAAGGACUGAAGGAUUAAAAGUUACCCAAGCAUUUGUAAUAAUAGACAGAGAGCAAGGUGGAAGAUCCCUAUUAAAGAGCAAUGGAAUAAAAAUGAAAAGUUUAUUUACUCUUAUGCAACUCAUGCAGCUUCUUUUUGAACUUGGGAAGGUUUCCUCUGAAGCUGUUCAAAAUGUUUCGGAAUAUAUUAAAAAUUGCCAUUCGCCCAUAAAAGAAUUACAAGAGAACUGUCAAGAUCGAUUGAAGAUGAAUUUCAGUUCCAGAGCUAAAGCAACAAACAAUCCAGUGGCUUCAAGACUUUUUCAGCUUAUGGAUGCCAAAAAGAGUACAUUAUGUUUAGCAGUUGAUUUGACCAAAACCGACUGUAUUAUAGAAUUAGCAGAGCUUUUAGGACCUCACAUUGUUAUUUUAAAGAUCCAUAUUGACAUCGUGCAAGAUUUCAGUGAAGAAUUCAUAAAGCGCCUACGUGACAGUGCUGAAAAGCAUAAUUUCUUAAUCAUGGAAGACAGAAAGUUCGGAGAUAUUGGUCAUACAGUGUCUUUACAAUAUAGGAAGGGUGUCUAUAAAAUAGCUGAAUGGGCUGAUAUUGUAACAGCUCAUCCGGUGGCUGGUCCUGGAACAGUUAGUGGUUUAGUUGAAGGUUUGGAUGGCAUUUCAGAACCUCGUGGAAUCUUUCUAGUUACAGAAAUGUCGUCAAGAGGUGCUUUAACCACUAGCAACUAUGUUAAGAGUUCAAUUUCCAUUGCCAAAUCCUCAAAUUUGAUCAUAGGUCUGGUAUGCCAAUCGAAUGCUUUCAAUGAUCCAGCUCUUAUUCAGUUAACUCCUGGAGUGAAAUUAGUGGAAAAAUCAGAUGAUCUAGGGCAGCAGUAUAAUAGUCCGGAAUUCGUAGUUCAAACUGGAGCAGACAUAGCAGUGGUCGGUAGAGGAAUAACAGAAUCAUCGAACAAACUUCUAACUGCUCUUCAGUAUAAAGAAAAGCUUUGGAUGGCAUAUCAGAAACGAAUAUCUGACUGAAUAUUCUGUUUUAUAGUUUAAUCAAAGGCGAGAAUAAAAUUAAGCCAACUUUGUACAUACAACUCGGGGACCAUUGUAAAUAAGAUGCAUUGUGGAAUUUGUAAUUAUAUAAUUCCUUAAUAAAAAGAUAUAAAUAUGUUAUCGCUCAAACUGUUAAAAA